CGGUCUUUUCAGCUGUGACAGGCGUUGGAGGAAGCCGCUGCUGCCUUUUGCUCGUCGGGCUCUCGGCGGAGGGAGAAGAAGUCGGUUCUCGAAGGUACAUGUAGCUGGUCUGGUCCUUUUUGGGACAGGAGCAGUUAAGAAUUUUUUUGGAACCCCUCAUUUCCACAGCAAGUUUUUUGAUUCCAUGUUUAAUCGUGUCAAAACAUAUUAAGCAGCACACAUAAUGACAUAAGUGUCUGUACCAUAUUGUAAUCAUGUUCUCUAAACUGGCCUGUCCGCAGUCAUUUGGCAUUCUCCGUCGGGGUGUUCAUGCUUCAGUGAGUUCAGCAACAUCAAUUGCAACUAAGAAAACAGUCCAAGGCCCACCAUCAUCGGAUUACAUAUUUGAGCGUGAAGCCAAAUAUGGUGCGCAUAACUACCAUCCACUCCCUGUUGCGCUUGAGAAAGGAAAAGGUGUUUAUGUGUGGGACGUAGAAGGCAAAAGAUACUUUGACUUCUUAAGUGCAUACAGUGCUGUCAAUCAAGGCCAUUGUCACCCAAAGAUUGUUGCUGCUCUGAAAUCCCAGUGUGACAAACUUACCCUUACCUCAAGAGCAUUUUAUAAUGAUGUGCUUGGUGAAUAUGAAGAGUAUAUCACUAAAAUGUUCAAAUACAACAAAGUGCUUCCAAUGAACACAGGUGUGGAGGCUGGCGAAACAGCCUGCAAGCUGGCUCGGAAGUGGGCAUAUACAGUGAAAGGAAUUCCAAAAUACAAGGCAAAGAUUAUUUUUGCAGCUGGCAACUUCUGGGGAAGAACUCUUUCUGCUAUUUCAAGUUCUACAGAUCCCUCCAGCUAUGAUGGUUUUGGACCAUUUAUGCCAGGUUUUGAAGUAAUUCCAUACAAUGACUUGCCAGCUCUUGAGCGUGCACUUCAAGAUCCAAAUGUAGCAGCUUUCAUGGUGGAACCAAUUCAAGGUGAAGCUGGUGUGAUUGUUCCUGAUAAAGGUUACCUAACAGGCGUGCGAGAGCUUUGCACAAAGCAGAAUGUUCUCUUUAUUGCUGAUGAAAUUCAAACUGGGUUAGCUAGAACUGGGGAAAUGCUGGCUGUCGAUCAUGAAAACGUUAGACCUGACCUGAUCCUGCUUGGAAAGGCCCUGUCAGGAGGUCUUUAUCCUGUUUCAGCAGUACUUUGUGAUGAUGAAGUUAUGCUCACUAUUAAACCUGGUGAGCAUGGUUCUACGUAUGGAGGGAACCCACUGGCCUGCCGGGUGGCCAUGGCAGCACUUGAGGUAAUUGAAGAAGAAGAGUUAGUGAAAAAUGCAGAAAUCAUGGGCAAUUUAUUGAGGAAUGAACUUAUGAAGACACCAUCAGAUAUUGUGGCCCAUGUCAGAGGAAAAGGAUUAUUAAAUGCUAUUGUUAUUCGGCAAACUAAAGAAUACGAUGCCUGGAAAGUGUGCCUUCGACUCCGUGACAAUGGAGUGCUUGCCAAACCAACACAUGGUGAUAUCAUCCGGUUGGCUCCCCCGCUAGUGAUCAAGGAGGACGAGAUCAGAGAAUGCAUUGAAAUUAUCCACAAAACCAUUCUAUCAUUUUGAAGGCACCUGGUUCAAAGUGUACCUGCGGCUUGAUUCCACAGUGCUACUGCAAAAGCAAUGUUCUGGAGCCCCUCCCUGCUUCCCUGUUUAAUGUUUUUCAUCCUGUUGGGGGUGAAAACCCAAGCCUUCUAAAAUCAAAUAGUGUAAACGUUUUUAUAAUGGACCCAAAGAAAGUGAACGACUAAGUUGUUUUUACUGCAUUGUAACUUUGGAAAAAUUGGUAGGCUUUGUUCAAUGAAUUAUGGAUUUGAACUGUUUAUGAACAUGUCCUUACAUUUCUGCCAAAGUUUAAAUUAUAGAAAUCUAAUGUACCAAAAUGCUAACAUCUUAAGAAGCUAUUUAAAAAAAAAUAUCUUUGACACUUUUAUGGAAGACUGAAACCUUAAUGUUGGUGCUAUUGCUUGUAUCCUGUCAGGAAAACUUAGCUUCAAAGGAUCAAGAAUGGUAGAACUUUUUUUUUAAUGAGUAUCUGUUCAUAAAGGUUGAUCAAAUGAUAUGUGUGCUGGUAAAUGGCUUGUUACUUUAACAAGCAGAUUCCUUUUUUAUUAAGACUAAUGGCAUGCUGGCAUUGGAUACAGAUUCUAGAACAUGUGAUCUUCCUGUCUGGGGGAUUAUAAAAAAAGCUGAAUAUAAAGGUCAAGAUUGUUCUAAAA